AAGUCCUCAGUAGAAUUAAAGAAUCAUCUCUCUCUUUCUCUCUCUCUCUCUUUCUCUGAAGUCACAGAAUCAAGGUCUAAUUCUAGGGAGCUGCCACCGUGAAUCUGAGUCAGACUGGUCAGACUUUUGGGUCAUCAUCAUUUCAUCAUUUGAGCUUGUUGUAGGCAUAUUGGUCUUCGGAGCUGAAAAAAUUGUUCGAUAAUGGCUGAAUUGAUGGGGCCACGAUUGUACAGCUGUUGUAAUUGUCGGAACCAUGUUUCACUUCAUGAUGAUAUAAUUUCCAAGGCUUUUCAGGGAAGAAAUGGCCGAGCUUUUUUGUUCUCCCAUGCAAUGAACAUUGUGAUAGGGCCAAAAGAAGAUAGGCAUCUCAUGACUGGUCUCCACACUGUAGCUGAUAUCUAUUGUGCUGAUUGCCAUGAGGUGUUGGGUUGGAAGUAUGAAAGAGCUUAUGAGGCAACACAGAAGUACAAGGAAGGAAAGUUCAUAUUGGAGAAAUCGAAGAUUGUUAAGGAGAACUGGUAGCAUUUUGUUAGGGGGUCCUCAUCCCAUUCCUUCCAGCACUGAUGUUUACUUUCUAGCGGUACAUGAAGUUCAUCUUGUACAGGAAGCUCUCACCCAUUUGCAAAUGUCAUUGUUUCUCAUUGUUCAUUCGUGCGAUGUACUUAUCUCUGGAAUUUGUAAUUUGAGUAUUCAUAUUCUGUGUUAAUAAAAUCACGGUAUUGUUCAA